AAAUUUCAAAGGAAGACAAGGGGAGGAGAGAGUGGGGAGGAGAAGCUGAAGGCUGUCUACUAACGGUGGCUGUCUCCCGAAGAUCUCAUAGCCGAGAGCAAUAUGGGCAUCUUGAAAUUUGGACCUCAAAGAAACCCAUAUCUAUGCAUGCAUCUAUUUGAAUAUCACAAAGAAUAGUUGUUGCUCUUAUUGUAAUUUUGCACAAUUCUUCUUGGGUCAAAUCCGCAUUUUAAGCCUGGAAAAUGGGAACUGGAGCAUGGACUGUUGAGAAAAGAUCCAGUUUUAGAACUGAACCGUUCUCAAAAGAAAAUACGACAGCUCCUGAAACUGGAUGUCUUUCAAUUGUGGUACUUGGCGCUUCUGGUGAUCUUGCCAAGAAGAAGACUUUUCCAGCUCUUUUCCACCUUUACCGUGAGGGUUUUCUGAUACCUGACGAGGUUCAUAUCUUUGGCUAUGCAAGGACCAAGAUUUCUGAUGAAGAGUUGAGAAACCGCUUACGUGGGUAUCUCAUCCCCAGCAAGGGUGCUUCCAGUGAACAGUUAGAUGAAGUAACAAAGUUUCUGCAAUUGAUCAAAUAUGUAAGUGGCUCCUAUGAUUCUCCCGAGGGUUUUCAGUUACUGGACAAGGAAAUAUUUGAGCAUGAAUCUUCAAAAAACACCAGAGAAGGAUCAUCCCGUAGGCUUUUUUACUUUGCACUUCCACCAUCAGUUUAUCCAUCUGUCUGCAGAAUGAUCAAGAAUUAUUGCAUGAAUAAAUCUGAUCUGGGUGGAUGGACUCGGAUUGUUGUUGAGAAGCCAUUUGGAAAGGAUUUGGGCUCAUCUGAGCAAUUGAGUACACAAAUUGGACAGUUAUUUGAAGAAUCACAAAUUUUUCGGAUUGAUCACUACUUGGGAAAGGAAUUGGUGCAAAACUUGCUAGUACUUCGUUUUGCAAAUCGCUUCUUUCUGCCAUUGUGGAAUCGAGACAACAUUGAUAAUGUGCAGAUUGUGUUUAGGGAGGAUUUUGGAACUGAGGGUCGUGGUGGAUAUUUUGAUGAAUAUGGAAUUAUCCGUGAUAUUAUUCAAAACCAUCUCUUGCAGGUUCUAUGCCUUGUUGCAAUGGAGAAGCCUGUUUCUCUCAGACCUGAGCAUAUCCGGGAUGAAAAAGUCAAGGUCCUUCAAUCAGUGCUUCCUAUUAAAGAUGAGGAGGUUGUUGUUGGACAAUACGAAGGCUAUAGAGAUGACCCUACAGUUCCCGACAACUCAAAGACUCCCACUUUUGCAACAGUGAUACUUCGGAUUCACAAUGAAAGAUGGGAAGGUGUUCCCUUUAUACUCAAGGCAGGGAAAGCACUAAAUUCAAGGAAGGCAGACAUACGUGUUCAAUUUAAGGAUGUUCCAGGCGACAUAUUUAAAUGUCAAAAGCAAGGAAGAAAUGAAUUUGUUAUACGCCUACAACCUUCAGAAGCCAUGUAUAUGAAGCUUACGGUUAAGCAGCCUGGCCUGGAAAUGUCAACUGUCCAAAGUGAACUAGACCUGUCAUAUGGACAGCGUUAUCAAGAUGUUAAAAUCCCAGAAGCUUAUGAGCGUCUAAUUCUUGACACAAUAAGGGGAGAUCAGCAGCAUUUUGUUCGAAGAGAUGAGCUGAAGGCUGCUUGGGAGAUUUUCACACCUCUGCUCCAUAAAAUCGAUAAUGGAGAAUUUGAACCAAUUCAGUACAAGCCAGGCAGCCGAGGCCCGGCGGAAGCAGAUGAGUUGCUCCAGCGGGCUGGUUAUGUUCAAACACACGGUUACAUAUGGAUCCCUCCCACCUUGUCUUAGAGACUGCUUAUUCUGAGGUUUGGUCAGUGUGCUUCUAUAACUAUUUCUACCAUGUUGUAUGCCGUCAUAAACUGCUCUACGCGACGCUGGAACCUUGAUGGACUAUUAGUCCAGAGCACGACUCAUGUCGCAUGGUUACUCGGUGUGAUAAAUAAAACUAAGUUCCAAAGCUGCAGAUGCAAUAUAUGGAAUCCAUGAGUGGUGAGCUUCCCCUUAUUCA